AUGUUGGAUAGGCUGUUGGAUAACACAGGGAAGAGGGCUCUCGCCGGUGUGGAUAAUCCAGUGUACUCAAAAUUCGCCUCACUUCGCGGGUCUGGAGUGGAGGCAAGUGUUCAGGAUGGACCAGGAGACGGACGCGGGGUCUCGCGGGAAGCUUCUGGAACGCGGGGUCUGGAGGGAAGCUUCUGGAACGCGGGGUCCGGAGGGAAGCUUCUGGAACGCGGGGGUCUGGAGGGAAGCUUCUGGGACGCGGGGUCUGGUGGGAAGCUUCUGGAACGCGGGGUCCGGAGGGAAGCUUCUGGAACGCGGGGGUCUGGAGGGAAGCUUCUGGAACACGGGGGUCUGGAGGGAAGCUUCUGGGACGCGGGGUCUGGAGGGAAGCUUUUGGAACGCGGGGGUCUGGAGGGAAGCUUCUGGGACGCGGGGUCUGGUGGGAAGCUUUUGGGACGCGGGGUCUGGCGGGAAGCUUCUGGAACGCGGGGGUCUGGAGGGAAGCUUCUGGAACGCGGGGUCUGGAGGGAAGCUUCUGGAACUCGGGGUCUCGCGGGAAGCUUUUGGGACGCGGGGUCUGGCGGGAAGCUUUUGGGACGCGGGGUCUGGAGGGAAGCUUUUGGGACGCGGGGUCUGGUGGGAAGCUUCUGGAACGCGGGGGUCUGGAGGGGAGCUUCUGGAACGCGGGGUCUGGAGGGAAGCUUCUGGAACGCGGGAUCUGGAGGGAAGCUUCUGGAACGCGGGGUCUGGAGGAAAGCUUCUGGGACGCGGGGUCUGGAGGGAAGCUUUUGGGACGCGGGGUCUGGUGGGAAGCUUCUGGAACGCGGGGGUCUGGAGGGAAGCUUCUGGAACGCGGGGUCUGGAGGGAAGCUUCUGGAACGCGGGGGUCUGGAGGGAAGCUUCUGGGACGCGGGGUCUCGCGGGAAGCUUCUGGAACGCGGGGUCUUGACGGCGACGUUAGACGCAGGCUCUUGA